GUCAGAUUCCAGUGGGGUCUCUCUUUAGGAGUGUCAGUUUCUCUUGAUACUGUGCGUUUGAGUCCCUUUACCCAUCUCUGGCUGCACUUUCAGGGAGAAUUGGAGAUGGAAAAGAGAGGAGAUGUCAUAUUAGGGGUUGAGGAUGAAUCCGGGCAGCCCGUCUCUGCCCUGUCCAUUCUGUCUCUGCUGGAGCGUGUGUCAACAAUCAUCGAUGGCGUCCAGGCAAGCCAACAGCGUAUGGAGGAACGCCAACAGCAGCUCGAGGGCUCGGUCAGCGCUGUCCAGUCCGAGCUUCUCAAACUGGCUCGUGACCACGGGGCCACAGCGACGACCGUCGACAAACUGCUGCAGAAGGCCCGGCGUGUGAGCACACACGUUAAAGAAGUACGUUCACGUGUGGAGAAACAGAACGUGCGCGUGAAGAAAGUGGAAACUACGCAAGAUGAGCUCCUCACACGCAACAAGUUUAGGGUUGUGAUCUAUCAGGGUGAAAAAGAAGUCCCCUCUGUUGCUGUCACCAAGACUCCCAAGGGAGCAGGGCUUGCUGAGUUGGAGGUGGAGCCAGAUGAGUAUGACAUCCCUGCUGACCUGUCAUCUGAUGAAGAGUACAUGGUGGUGGAGGAUGCGGAGUCGUCCCGGGGCGCCCGUCUCAAACAGUCCGGGUUAAAAGGCAUCGAGAACAUCAAGGCUGCGUUCUCCAAAGAGAACAUGAACAAGACCCGCGAGAAGACCCGAGAAAACCUCAGCAAGACCAAGGAGAGCCUGAGUAAGACAGGCCAGACGCUUGGAACCAAAUUCAACACUUUGGGUGAGAAGAUCGUGCCACCCGAGCAGCGAGAGAAGAUAAAGCAGAGCAGCGAGAGGCUGAAGGAAAACAUCGCUAAGAAAGCGCCCACCAAGGAAUCCUUCAAAAUCAAGCUGAAGAAGGAGCGCACGGUCGCUGAGGGCCAGGAGGGUGCGGAGGCGGAGCCUGCUGUGACUCCACCCAAAGGCAGGAAGUCCAGCCCAGAUGUGACCUACACAGAGGUGGUUACCGAAAACAAAAGGGAGGGUCCAGUAUCAGAGGAGGGAGCAACUCGUAUCCAUGAGGACUGAAAAGAGCCGUUCACCACAAAAACUGUGGAGAUAUGAUGGAAGAUGCAGAGAAAAUUGGUCAUAAGUAAGUGGAAGCAAGACAAGAUUUUUUUUCAUAAAAUGUGAGAGUGUAUGAGUAUGUGCAAGCACUAGAUGUGUUUGUGUAAUUUCUGUUACCAUAAAGCCACAUGUGAAAUGUAUUAAAAAAAACUCAAUAUG